CUUUUUUUGAACUUGUUAACAUUACCUUUAUUUUUAAUCUUCGUACUUUCGGAUUUUAUAUUAUCUCUUUUGAUUUCGCCUGUUUUUCCAUUUUGAUUCCAUUUUUUUUCUACCAUCGGACUUUGAUUAUAUUCGUUAAGUGUCAUUUCUCAUCUAUGGCUGGACGAGGAAAACCCGGUGGCCGAGGGGGCAAACAGUUACUCCUUCAGACACUUCAGCGGCUGAAAAUUGAGCAGCAAAGACAAGCCCGAGAAGAGGAAGAGGCGAAACAAGGACUAGGAAGUCCACCCCAAGCAUCGACCUCCAAACAAGAGGUUGAAUCUACUUCGGACUCCGAGGUGUCAACUCCUGCUUCCGGUCAGUCAGAAGCCUCUAACCCUCCAUCGGAACAACAAUCUGUUGCUUCAGCUUCUGACACCGAUUCACAUGGUUCCAAUUCCCCUGCUGCGCCUUCGUCUCCGUCUGGAUCUCGAGGUGAUAGUCCAGAACGGAAUAUUAAAAUUCGUGGUAAAUUUAAUAGAUUUCUCAUCAAAAAGACUCCACCUGAUACUCCGAGAUCCCAAUCUCCUGAACCAUCGGAAAGUGAAGAUUCAUCGACUCAGACUAGUGACAGCAGUAAAUCAAGUCCGAAAUCAAGUCCGAAGUCAAGUUUAGCUCAAUCUUCGGCGGCAAGUGAAACGGGUGAUUCUUCACCAGCAUCAGGAGGAUCUCGAUCACCAGUUCCCUCGGUCUCUUCAACUACAACCGAAUCCAUCGCUGGUCCACCAGUUCCUUCGGCUUUGAGACCAAUUGAGAACAAAGUUGUUGGCCAGGAUGGAGAGAAAUUUAAAGUCGCUGUAAAUUAUAUGAAGAUUAAUGUGAAAUCCAAGAAAAAAAUUCACCUGUACGCAGUUUUCUUCGAGCCGAAUAUCGAUUCAAUAACCUUGCGAAGAAAAAUUCUAAAUUCUCCUGAAGUUCAAGAAAAGAUUGGAACUAUUUCCAACUUCACUGGAACUAAUCUUUUCCUUCCUCACAGAUUGGAAGAAGAGCCUUGCAUCAUUUCCACCGUUAAUCCAGCGGUCGAAAUUCCCGUCAUUCUAACCAUCACUCAUGUUAAAGUGCCUCCGACUGAAGAAUUAGUUAAUUUCUACAACAAUCUAUUCAACAAGGUGAUGAGAGCGAUGCAAUUGGUUGAACUAAACAUGCACCAUUAUAAUCCCACCGGUAAGAUUGAUGUUCCAGCCCAUAAACUAGAAGUCUGGCCUGGUUAUGUUUGUGCGAUCCAAGAGUACGAUGGUGGACUUAUGCUUAACGUGGACACUGCCCAUCGGGUUCUUCGUAAGAAAACGGCCCGUGAAAUGUUACACGAACUCUUCCAAGACGAUCCUUCGAAAUUUGCUAUAAGAGCAAACAAGUUACUCGUCGGAGCGAUUGUUCUAACUCGAUAUAAUAACCGUGCCUAUCGAAUCGACGACAUUGACUUUACUCGAACCCCUUCAUCCAAAUUCACCAUGAAAGAAGGUCAAGAGAUCACUUUCAUUGAUUAUUUCCGACAACAUUGGGGCGUCGAUAUCAAAGAUGGAAAACAACCUUUACUCCUCCAUAGACCAAAACCAAGGCGAAAUCAAACCGAGGAAUCACCUCUUAUUUGUUUGGUACCUGAGUUGUCAUAUUUAACUGGACUUACUGAUGAUAUUCGUUCUGACCAUCGGGUUAUGAAAGAUUUGGCUACACAUACGAAGAUAUCGCCUGAGGCUAAAUAUAAACGAUUAGUUGAUUUUAUUCAGCAUGCAAAUUCUUGUGAAGCCUCGAGAAAAAUUCUCACCGAUUGGGGUAUGGAAAUUGAUGCCAGGCCAUUUGAAACUUACGCUCGUAAAUUUGGAUAUGAAAAGCUGACCUUUGGUAAUGGUGUUGAACAUUCAGCGGGUGAUAAAGCAGAAUGGGGAAUGAAAAUUAAAGACGCUGUCAUUUUGGCAUCUAAACCGAUAAAACGUUGGUACUUCAUUUACAAUGCUCGAGAUCGAGCUAAAGCCGAUGAAUUUUUGAAAAUGUUACAACAAGUUGCUCGAAAAUUGGGUUUCUCUUUUGACAAUCCUCGAAAAACUGAACUUCGAGAUGACCACGCCAACACAUACAAACAGACACUUAGAGAGGUUGAUAAAAGCGCUGAGUUAAUUGUGGUCAUGACUCCAGGAUCUUCACAACGAGAGGAUCGAUACGCGGCAAUUAAACAACUUUGCUGCAUUGACCUGGGAAUACCUUCCCAAGUGGUUCGAGUGGCCACUUUAACACCAAACAAAUUUAGAUCAGUUUGCAUCAACAUCGCCAUGCAAAUCGCUUGUAAACAAGGUGGUCAAUUAUGGUCCGUUGCAAUGCCAUUAGCGGCUACCAUGUACGUUGGCCUUGAUUCCUAUCACGAUCCGUCCAAUAAAGCGCGUUCAGUUGUUGGGGUUGUUUCAUCGAUGAAUAAAAAUGCGACCCAAUGGUAUUCCCGUUGUUACUUUCAAAAUCGACGUGAGGAAAUUGUCAACACUUUUGGAGGUGCGAUUGUCGCUGCCAUUCGUAGAUACAUGGAUAUUAAUAAGUAUAUGCCUGGCAAAAUUUUCAUCUAUCGUGAUGGUGUUGGUGAUGGGGAUUUAGCGACAGUUCGUGAUUACGAGAUUCCACAAAUGGGUGAAUCGAUUAAAGGUUUAAUUGAGUCUUUACCAGAAUUAAAAUUAGAAAUGCCAAAGAUCACUCUUGUUGUAGUCCAAAAACGAGUCAACGUUAAACUUAUGCAUUUAUCUGGACGUAACAUGACCAAUCCACCGCCUGGGUCAGUUAUCGAUCACACGGUCACCCGACGACAAUUUUAUGACUUUUAUUUGGUAUCUCAACAUGUUCACCAAGGAACCGUUACCCCGACACAUUACAUUUCACUUAUUGACGAAUGUGGCCUUGGACCAGAUAAACUUCAAAGAUUAUCCUACAAAUUAACUCAUCUUUACUAUAACUUUCCAGCGACAAUUAGAGUCCCUGCUCCGUGUCAGUACGCUCAUAAAUUGGCCUUUCUUAUGGGUCAAUAUGUCCAAAGUAAACCAAGUGAUGAUCUUCAAGAUAAACUUUAUUACCUUUAACCUUGGUAGUUUGAUAUUCCCGAUAUUUUUGAUGAUUUUAAUUGUUUUUUUGCUUGACUACCAAAAGACCUGAACCUUACCUUGAACUCUAAAAGAUUUACAUGAACAAUUAUUCAUUUUAUUGCAUUUUCCUUAACAAAACCGAACUUUUAAAACUUAAAUAAAGCUGAUUAAAUACAAAUUAAACAAUAAACUUAACUAA